UGUGUGUGUGUGUGUCAGGAGCGCGGGAGGGUCGGCGUGAUCUUUAACGUGGGGACGGAUGACAUCGUCAUCGAGGAGAGCGGUGUGAUGGUCAGUGAUGGGAAGUAUCAUGUGGUCAGAUUCACGCGGAGCGGAGGGAACGCCACACUACAGGUGGACAAUCUUCCAGUGAUCGAGCGCUUCCCGUCAGGGGGCUUUGAUAGUGAACGGCUGGCUAUUGCUAGGCAAAGAAUCCCGUACCGACUCGGUCGGGUAGUUGACGAGUGGCUACUCGACAAAGGUCGGCAGCUGACAAUCUUCAACAGCCAGGCGUUCAUUAAGGUGGGCGGUGGUGAGAAGGGCCGUAACUUCCAGGGUCAGAUCUCAGGGCUGUACUAUAACGGCCUGCAGGUGCUGAAGCUGGCGGCGGAGGGCGAUCCGAACGUUCAGGUGCAGGGGAACCUGCGUCUGGUGGGAGACGUGCCCUCCGUCAUGAGCACCGACACCACCUCCACCACACCCCUCGCAGACAUGUCCACCACCAUCAUGGAGACCACCACCACCAUGGCCACCACCACCACCCGCAAACAGCGCUCGCCCACCAUGAGAGACAGCGUCACGCAGAAUGCUGACGAUCUGUUAGUAGCAUCAGCAGAAUGUCCGAGUGAUGAUGAAGAUCUUGAGGAGUGUGAGCCUGGAAACGGAGGUGAACUAGUGUUGCCAAUUAUAACUGUGGAUUCCCUUGACCCCCCAUCAAUUGUGACACAUUACCCCGUUAUUCCCCCGCCCCCGACCUAUCGCCCCUUCCUCACCUUGCUCGAGACCACCAAAGAGUCUCUCCCCUUGCCCGGCCGGCCCCCCUGUCCGCUGGACCAGGAGGACUGCGAAGAGCCCAUGGAGGUCUCGGCCUACGGCUCGGGCGAGAUGACGGAGUCUGACGAUGAGGACUACUAUAAAAACUCCCCCCUUGUCACUGACCGGACUGUACUCCCCCCUCCCCCUUCGGGCGGGAAUCCCCGAGGCGAUCGGCCCUUCGCCCGUUUGCCCAAAUCCCAUCGGCCGUCACUCCCAUUCACACCCACGGCCCCCCCGGUACCCCAUCUCAAACCUGGCAUCAACAAUGGCCCCAACAUCCCCGCGGGUAAAAUGAACACCCGCGACCAGGUGCUGCUGCCGCCCAUACAGCCGUCUGGCGACCCUGAACAUGGCGGGCGGCAUCGACAUAACCCAGGUAUAACAUAUCCUCCCAAUUUCCCCCAUGUGUCCACUACAGACCCCUCGUCUCCAGACCGGGGACCUCCAGGAGCGGUGGAAGUGAUCCGAGAGUCCAGUAGCACGACGGGCAUGGUGGUGGGCAUUGUGGCUGCAGCCGCUCUCUGUAUCCUCAUCCUACUCUAUGCUAUGUACAAGUACCGCAACCGCGACGAAGGCUCCUACCAGGUGGACCAGAGCCGUAAUUAUAUUAGCAAUUCAGCCACGCAAAGCAAUGGUGCCCUAGUGAAGGAGAAGCAGCCCGGCACAACCAAAACGGGCACAAAGAGCAAGAAAAACAAAGACAAGGAGUAUUACGUCUGAGCUCGGUCUCCGGAGGGACUGAGGAGGAAGCGAGUUGGAGAAGGAGAGAGAUAUAUGAGGAAUGGAAAGGGAGGUCCAGGUAUUUGUUGGCAGUUUACCAGUCACAUUUAGAGCUCUGACAUCAGUCUUCUUUUAUUUCCUGUCUUGUCUAGCUGUUGGCCUCAUUUCCAGCAAAACCUAAAGAUUUAAAAAGCGUCUAGGGUUUGGAAUCAUCCCUCCCUCAUUUACAUUUUUGAUAGCUAAUACCUAUUACAAAAAAUAAACUCUGCAAACCUUUUGUAUUCAAGAAAAGUGGAUUUUUCCUCACAUGUAAUUUGAUCCUCUAGUUUGUUCUUUGUAAAUACUAUGUGAGUCCUCAAUAUUCAGAUCAUCUCCUAACCUGAUGUCGAAACUCCCAUGUACACCUGCUUGUGCAAUCCAUUGUUGCUUCAUUAGAGCAUUGGAUGUGGUUGAGAAUCGUUUGGGAAUGAGAGCAGUUCAGUUGGAACGGCUUGGCAUAGGUGACAUUUCAGAAACAGAUGGUGCCGAAAACAUUUAGCAGUCACACUCCUCUGUAAUACUGCCAAACCAGCUCUGUGUCAAAUCCGUCUCCCUCUCUUUCCAAGUGCUUUGAGUUUUCAUCCUCCGCUCCCUUGAUUUCUCUCUUUCUGUCUUUCCCCACACCCUUUCUUGGCUUGGUCUCUUUUUCCCUUGUCCUUGGUGCUCAGGAGCAGAUGCAACGUAAUUCUGUUGUGUUUCCAGCAUGUGGUAUUUAAAUGAAAAGAGACAAAAACUGUUUCUGUGGAGUCAAAUAAAUAUAUAUCUAUAUCUCAAACCGUUACAACUAGCGAAACAUCUGUGGAUGAUCCCAGCCGCCAGAACUCCCAGAGGCCCACGGUCACCAUGCGUUCCAGCAAAUAUUCGUCAUGUGUUUUUGGGGUUCCACUGGGCUCUAUCCUGGACCCGCUGAGGAUCUUGGUUUCUGCUCCACAUUCAAGAACCUAAAACCCCAAACAGCAAAUAGUUAUAUUCAUAUACAGAUAUUUGAAAAGACAAAGGGACACAAGUGUCUGGAAGUCUGACAUUAUUGAUCGAGACCCACAUUACGUCAACAAACCAUAUCAGUGGAAACAGCAGAGCAGGAGGCUUGUUUUGUUUUAUAUAUAUAUAUGUGUGUGCGUGCUUUUUUUAUUUUGUCACGUCAAAGGGAAAAGACAGUAAGGUUCCAGUUAAUUUACAUUCCACGUAGGGAACGUGAACUCUGCGUCUUUGACCACGUUCUCUCAAGAUGAAAGUAGGUAUGAACUUUGCACAUUUAAUGGAACAAACUCUCUUGAAAGAAAUACGAAACGGCCUAUUACUUGGAAGAUGUGCAUCUGGAACUCUAAUAUUCUAAUUUUCUCAACUCUAUUAAAAGACCUAAACUCUGCAUUGAAAAGAAAAUGUUUAAAACAGUUUGUGAAAUGUCAAAAUACCUCAUCCCAGUGCUAAAUGAGAUGUGUUUUUCCUAAUCAUCCCUAAGAAAAAGAAAGAAAGAAAGAAAGGGCAAUGAAAUGCAAAGAUCAGUGAAUUGGAUUCCAGAAAGCAGAUGCUCCUUUGAAUAUUAAACGGAAA